UGAUCCUUUGUGCGCUUUUCAUCAUUAAUGAAGAAGAAGAGGCUCCUUCAGUCGCACGUUUUAGCAUUAGCUCAAAAUGCUUUUGGAUGUUUUCUGACGUUUUUCUGUCCUGCUAUCAAUCAAGCAUCAGCAGAAAUGUUAAGUGUGGACGCUUUGCAAGUAGCAGAAGAGGAGGUGGUUGAUUCCAGCUCGAAUAAACUAGGCGACAUUUACACUUUUGUUGCCAAGGGAUGCUUCCCUCAGUCGAUGAAUCCCCUAAGGAAGAAGAAUCUCAAAAGAUACGCACAGAAAUUCAUCAUCGACGAUGACAAGCUAUAUUAUGUUGGACCAAAAAAAGAAGAAAAAAGAGAGGUUGUCAUUGAGGCUGAGCGAAAGAGGCAAAUUUUUCUCGACUGUCACUUUAAUGACAUUGGACAUCAUUUGGGUCAGAAGAAGACCGUCCACCGAAUUCAAAGCAAGUACUACUGGCUGGGCAUCAUCAAGGAUGUGGUGGACUGGAUUAAAGUAUGCGAGACAUGUCAGCAUGCAGAGAGGAAUAAAAAUCUGGCAAGAACUGUCCGACCCAUCAAAGUUGAUGCACCAUGGGAUAUAGUCGGAAUUGACUUCAUAGGGCCUUUCCCAGAGACCCAGCAAUGCAACACACAUGCUGCAGUUCUCAUUGAUUACUUUAGUAAAUGGCCCGAGGCCUUUCCUGUGCAGAAGAUGGAUGCUAUCUCUGUAGCAAGGUGUAUUUCGAAAUGUAUGUCCAGGUUUGGUGCCCCUAAAACCAUUGUAUGCACACAGGGCCCAGACUUCUGUGAUGAGGUUACAAAUCUGCUGAGCAACAGAUGGGGCAUCUUGCAGAAAGUCUCUCCUCUGGCUCAGCCUCAACUUAACCCACUACACGACUGCACCAGUCCAUUGCUGAAGGAGGCCAUUGAGCAGAUGGUGACGGAAAAGCAGACAGACUGGGAUGAUUUUCUGGACCCUGUCCUGUUUCUCUUUAGAACAUCCAUAAACCCCACAACCAAGUUCACUCCUUAUUCUCUCAUGUUCAACCGGAAAGUUAACACCCUAAACCAGGCUAUACAUGACCCACUUGGAUAUGAUGAUCAUGAACAAGAAGUGUAUCCUGUCAAAGAGAAGGCUUCUACAUACAUGACUAUUAUGCAGGAACAGCAGAACACAGUUAAGCAGCUGGUGAUAGCCAAUAUGAAAGCAGCCUACAAACAGGAGCAGAAGAGCAUGAAAAGAAAAGCACACAACAAUCCCUCAAUGACUUUAAAAACAUCAACGCCACUCUUUUGUGAUGGAGAUGCCUCUUCCUCGAAAAAACUAAAAGAAGAAGGUUUAUAUUUGACUUUGCCUGUGGAGACGGUGCUGGCCACCGAGCAAAGCAGCACAGAAGUUCUAAAAACUGAGUUAACAUAUCAUUUGGCUGAGUCUGAUGGACACUGAGGAUUGAGGGCUCUGAUCAUUCAUUUUAGGAGACCACAUUGGAGCUUUCUCAGUUUAUGGAUGGCAAAAAUGUUGCCAGAAUUAGUUGAAAAUGAUGAUUUUUAGCUAUCACAUUUCACACGCUGAAGAAGUGGCUGUAUUCAUGUCAGAAAUUAAUUGAUAGCAAGGGCGUAGGUUUGCACUGGGACGCCAGGGACAUAACACUACCAGCAUUUCAGGACGCUCAAAUUGUCCCCACCAACUUUUAAGCAACCUUAUUUGCAUUAUAUAAUAACUUAAGUUAUAUAGGUAAUUUAGAAUGUCUUCCCAAAUGUUGUAAGGAUAGAAUUGACCCUACCAUUAUUAAGUGAUUUGCAUUAUGUUCAGACUUACAUUUACAUCUUUUGACUUGCUGAAUGUGCCAGUCCAUUUUUUUCCCCUCAAACGCACUUGCGAUUGGCUGAUGACUUGACCCCCCACCCCCCAACACACGCACCACCAGCCCUCACAAAAAUGCAACAUGUCGACAACAUGCCACCUCCUGCGAUCCCUUUGAAUUUUUGUUUCGACCACUAGCAGUAGUAGCCACUGUAAUAUAAAAAGAAUGUUGUGGAAGUGGGGAACACACUACUAAUUUUGCUACCAGAAGUCCGGCCACAGACCUACUAUUAAACUGUGAAUUUGCUAACCUGCAAAAUACAAGUAGGAAGCUGUUAACAUUUAUUAGACUUACUAAACUUUUUUUUUUUUUGUUGAUCCCUGACUCCAAUUUUUUUUCAGUUAUAUUUAAUUUCUUUAUUUAGACACACAAUGUUGAGUGGUCUUAAGACAAAUGUUUAUUUUUUGCAUUCCUGGAUAGUUAAGAGAUGAUUAACACGUGUAUGUUAAUAUAAUUUAUGUUCAAAUAUUGCAAUUUAAAUUUGCUAUAAAAAAAAUCCAGACAUUUAUUUUGGAAGUUUUCAAAAUGUUUUAGUAGUUUUUCAAAACAAAGGUCACAAUCGAACGGUUUAUCACCUGAACCAAUACACAUUAAAGUAUAAGUCAAUACAGAUUUAUUUUGCAUUGAUAAUUUAGCCUAUCAAUUAAUUAGGUUCAUAUACAUGAGAAAUGUAGCCCUGACCCCCGUUCACCCAAUCUGUUGUUUGGUCUUAUUAAUGUCCUGCCCCCAGCAAAAAGUGGACAUGUAGGUUAUGCCGUUAUAUUGUCCCUAACAACUUUGAUACCAAACCUACGCCCUUGAUUGAUAGACAUACAAUCCAUUUCGACUAGGAGGGGGCUAGGCCUGUCACAGUAAUUAGUAAUUACUAUACUUAUUGUCCGAUAUAUAAGAUGGCCAACAAUCUUUUUUACUAUAUUGACUUAUGUCCAAUAUAUGAAAAAGCCAAAAGUUUAGUUUUUCAGGAUGUGAUAACGUGUCGUCAACAAUCAUUCACACGGCCUUGUUCUCUCCGUGUAAGCAGGCUGCAUGACACAAAUACUCACAUAGACGAUGAGGAGGACAACGUUGGACGAUAUAGCAUAUUUUGACUUUAAUCCGGUUCUAGUGACUAAAUAGCCACUAUUGCAGAUACAAAUACUAUUUUAUAUACAGUUUUAUAUUUUUUAUGUUCCUGGGAAAAUAUAUCGUAAAAAAUGUUUUUUGGGACGGGCUUAUUUCAGACCCAGGUUCAUACCUAUUUACAAUUUAAAGUAUCGUUAACCAAUAAGGACAAUUUGAAAUGUUUUAUGAGAAUUCCUUUAGACCUGGUGAAAAACACAUAAGCACUGGAAGGCCUAAGAAGAAUUCCAACCCUGGAUCUUGGAACUGUGAGCUAGACAUGCCACCCACUAAUCCCCCGUGCUGCCUUUGGAACAACUGACAUGGAAAUUAGCUUUUUUCUUUUUUAAACUGUCUUGGUCAACUAUUUGCAUCCAGAAUGAUAGAUCUGAAUGCCUUUUAAUACUGGAACAGUUUUGGUAUAUCCCCUUUGCGGUUGUUGCCAUUUGUAUAUAAAGUGUGCUUAUGUGUGUAAAACGGCUUUGACUUAUGUUAUUCUUGCUACACCUAAACACAGUAAAAUGAAAAAUAAACUAAGCCGGCUAUAACAAACUUCCAGGAAACGCUUUUGGUACAGGUUUUCCACAAAAUUUAACAAUACAGAAAAACUCUCUAUUUUGAAAUUAGAAAACGGCUUAUAAUAAAGAUGAAAGGUGUUUAAUACCAAGUUGGUCAGUCACACGAAAUAUAAUAUUGAUAAAUGAAGGAUCGAUUAGGUUAUUGAGUAAUCAGAACUUCAUAAAGCUAAAAUCUGUGCUUCCCGAACAUUCCACUGGCAUCAAACUUACGCCAAAAUGUAUUUGACAAUAAUGGAAUUCAGUUAACUUAUCAGGGCAUUUCACUCUAUAGCUGCCAUUGACGAUACUAGUUGUCCAAUCCACUUUGACUGGAAGGGCUAGCAAUGAAUAAUGUCUAGCACCAUCAAUGACACUGCAAGAUGAGCAUUGACAGCCAGUCCUCCGAGUUGAAAUGAAUUGGACUUUUAUUUUUAUCAGUGUCAGGUAAUGAGUUUAUCGUAACUAUUUACAGGGUGAUUAAAAAAGAAUGCCUAACUCAUGCGAUGUGUCAAAAAUGGAAAAACAUUACAAAACUGGCAUAGGCAAAUGUGUUAACAUAACUUCCAAGUAUUAUUUCUUGUAUUUCAAGUGUUGGUGAUGGCCACCUCUGCAUUCUUGAUUUGAAAAAUUGAAGUUAUCUAAUUUCCGGACUAUAAACCACUACUUUUUUCCCCUCAUUUUGAAUCCUGCGGUUUAUAGUCCAGUGCGGCUUAUUUGUUGGGUAUAUUGAACAUGUGUCCAAGCUAGAGUUCUGUAACUAUUUUUUUUUCAUAUAUUUUUUGAUCUGUCACAUGAUGAUUUUGGCAUUCAUUUUUAAUCACUCUGUACUUAAAAAAAGAAAAAAAUAUGUAUUUUUUGUAUUAUAUAAAAAGG